CAUAAUACACGUAUCCGAAAAUUUUAUGUUUCUCGAUAUAUCCAUCUUGUGAAAUCACACUUUGUUUACGCAUUUAACCGUUUACAUACGGCACCACAACUUUUUGACGAACAGGAAAACAGCUGUUUCUUGUUUAUUAAAUAAAGGUGGCAGUGUUCAUUGCUUACAUCUAUUGCUGUCUACCGAAAAAAGUCUUAUUGGCACGUGUUGUGUAGUUGUUGCUUUUUCCUUUUUGAUAUUUGUGAUCGGUGGUCUUGGCGUUUUGAUCCGGAUUUUAAUUUACUAGACGUGGUGCUGAGGAUUUUAGGGCGCAAGUGCGCAGCGCCCUAAAGGUCGCACAAAAAAGAACAACAUCAAAACCACUUCCAAUGGCACCUACUGCAGUCCUUGCAAUACGUAGCGCAGCGUUAAAGUCCAUGAAUUUCUUCCGUGAAAUACACAAACGAGCGUUUAGUAAUAAAUUCUUACUUAUUACCAAUGUCGGCAUUUCGUUGAGCCUAAGUACAGCAGGCGAUAUGUUAGAACAACAUUACGAAAUGUAUAGCGGCGAUUUAAAGGAAUGGGACAGAACACGUACUACUAAUAUGGGCAUUUCCGGUGUGGGUGUUGGCGUAAUCUGUCACUAUUGGUAUAAGUUCCUAGAUCGACGCAUGCCAGGUCGCACAAUACGCGUAGUUAUGCAGAAAAUUGUUUUAGAUCAAUUUAUUUGUUCACCAAUUUACAUAUCCGCUUUUUUCAUGACAAUGGGCGCACUAGAAGACAAAUCCAUUGAGGACACUUGGCUAGAGAUGAAACAAAAGGCUUGGAAACUGUAUGCGGCUGAAUGGAUGGUCUGGCCACCGGCACAGUUUGUAAACUUCUAUUGGCUGCCCACACGGUAUCGUGUAUUCUACGAUAACAUCAUAAGUUUGGGCUAUGACGUUUAUACAUCGCAAGUGAAAAACAAUGAUUAAACAACCCAUCUGUGCUUUUAUGUAUGUACACAUAAUGAAAUGUUCAUCAGAUAAACAUUUUUAUUGAAAUCAUAUGUGACAAUAUAAAUGUUUAUACUAAGCAAAUGAGGCACUUUAAGCAAUCGUGAGCUGUGAAAAUUCUCAGUGGAUUUGUAACAUGUUCGAGCUUUUCUCUACAUAUUAUUAACUGUACACUUUUAUGUUUUAUAAAAGACCAAAAUAAAUAUUUUUUACAGAAAGGCAUCAGAA